AUGAAGUUAGUUGCAUUUUUAUUUGCGAUACAGGUUUCUGCCAGAAACAAUCCGAAAUGGCCAUCCCUUACUGCCGAGGAAAAAACUGAGCGGAAAAUCAUCUGCGAUGCUAAGACUGAAGAGACCAGAGCCUUUUUCGUCAUCAAGAAUGGAUCUUGGCAUUGCCCGAAUCUUGAACCAGAUCGGGUCCGUCCCAAAGUCCGUUGCAAUCCGAUGUGCGAUAUUGGCUACACGCCUACCUGGACUGACCAACCGCAAUUCGUUACUCGAUGUAAUGACAAGGCUACCAUCAUCAACAGACAGCUUUCAGUGCAGCUUGCCGGGGAGUACUACUACUCGCAUGCAGCACUAACUCUUAAAAAUGGCGACAAAGCAAUGGUCUGCUUCGAUCUUGUGACCAAGAUGCGCUGUGAAGAAUUUGACGGAUCGAGGGUGACUUGGGUUAUGUCGAUGACGAACAAACCUCGCUCUCACAGUGGUCUGGGCCUGUAUUACGGUCGACCAGUGACAGUAGGUGGAGGAAAAGAUGCGCAAGGAUCAACAGAAACACUCAGGAGAAUUUGGAUCCCUGUUGCCUCCCAUCCAAGAUGGAUUGGCAGUUCUGCUCUUGUCGGAGUUAGUUCAGGAAGCUUGCUGACGAUUGGAGGGUAUGAUGAUAAGAAUUUUUUCGGAGAGCUGGAUGAAAUCUGGCGAUUGAUGGACAACAAAUGGGCUAUGAUUGGAAAACUAGCAAAAAAAGCCGAAAAGACACUGCUCGAUGUCGACUCGCCCAUCACCAUUUGCGGAGACAUACACGGACAGUUCUACGAUUUGCUCAAGCUGUUUGAAGUUGGGGGAGAUCCUGCAAAGACGAAAUAUUUAUUUAUGGGGGAUUACGUGGACCGUGGCUACUUCAGUAUCGAGUGCGUGCUUUUACUGUGGGCGCUCAAGAAAACGUAUCCAAAUGGGCUUCACCUUCUCCGUGGCAAUCAUGAGUGCCGGCAUCUAACAGAGUACUUCACCUUCAAGCAAGAAUGCCAGAUCAAAUAUUCGACGGAUAUUUGGGAAACUUGCAUGGAAGCAUUCGACGCCUUGCCCCUCGCCGCCCUCUUGAAUGACGACAUUCGACAGAUCGAUCGAUUCAAAGAGCCUCCCCCAUUCGGGCCGAUGUGUGACCUCCUGUGGUCCGACCCCUUUGAAGAAUACGGAAAAGAAAACUCCACUGUUGAGAAAUUCUCGCAAAACCAAGUCCGCGGCUGUAGCUACUUCUUCAGUUUUGCUGCUGUUUGCGAUUUUCUUCAAACCAAUUCACUUCUGUCCGUGAUUCGUGCGCACGAAGCACAGGAUGCUGGAUACAAAAUGUAUCGACGCGCCUCAUCUACCGGAUUCCCAAGCCUUAUUACGAUUUUCUCAGCCCCAAACUACCUCGAUGUGUAUAAUAACAAAGCUGCUAUUCUGAAAUACGAGAACCAAGUUAUGAAUAUCCGACAAUUCAACGCUUCCCCUCAUCCUUACUGGCUUCCCAACUUUAUGGACGUCUUCAAGUGGUCCCUUCCAUUCGUCGCGGAAAAAGCGACGGAAAUGCUCGUGGCCCUGCUGAACGUCUGUACCGUGGACACCGACGACGACAGUUCGAUCGGCUCGCCCGUCCCCGCCGACGACCAAGAAGCCCUCGAAGCUCAAAAGGCGCGUCGCGAAGUUAUCCGGAACAAGAUCCGAGCAGUUGGAAAGAUGGCGCGAGUUUUCUCAGUGUUGAGAGAGGAGUCUGAAACUGUUGUCCGCCUCAAGGGACUUACAAAUGGCAAAUUACCUACAGGCUGUCUCACGACGGGAAAAGAAGGACUGCUCGCGGCGAUGGACUCGAAAACCAGCGAAUCGGGCGUCGAAAUCAAGAACUUCACGGAAGCAAGAAAGCUAGACAUUGAAAACGAAAAACGACCAGCCGAGAGGAACUCCAGUAGGUCGAAGAACUGA